AUGCUCGAAGACCUCCCCGACGAACUCCUUGUCUCCAUCCUCUCCCACACCCCUGCACCCGACGUCGCCGCCGCCCGUGCUGCCUCCCGCCGCCUCGCCCGUGUCGGCGCCGACCGUGCCGUCUGGGCUGCUGCCCUCGCCCGUGACCACGCCCUUCCGUUGCGGGCUCUCCCACCUGGCCUUGCUGCUGCUGGGCCAAUGGCAGCGUAUGUGGCGGUGACACGAUGGCGGCCUGAUCGCUGGCGCGGCUUGCGUGGCGCGAGCUGGCGGAGCCCGGACCUGGCCCAUCUCCGCGCAGUGUGGACGCUCGACGUGGCUGGCGACGCCGUCCUGACCGGUGCCCGCGACUCGCGGCUGCGUCGCUUCUCAUGGCCGCGCGAGUGCUCGGCCGGUGGAGAGAUGGCUCUUGACUUUGUCCUCGAGGGCCACGCCAAGAAGAUCAACGCCGCUCUGUGGCUGGAUGCCGCAGGUGUCGCCGUCUCGGGCUCCACCGAUGCCUCGGUUCGGAUCUGGGACCUGGCGGCGGCAGAGGCGGGCGCGCAAGACCCGUGCUCGGCUGCGAUUCCGCUAGCGGCCUCGGUCCUCACGCUCUCGUCGUGGCUGCCGCAUGCCGCCUCGCCAGCGCCGACACGCUAUCCGGGCGUUUUCCCGCACGCUGUCGCCGGCCUGCACGACGGCUCCAUCGCGCUGCUCGACAUUGAGGUCGGCGCUCUGGUAUCGGACGCCGGCUCGGCGGGUGGUAGCAACGGGGCAGUCCAGUCGACGGAUGUGGCGGUGGUUGGGAGCGCACCGGUGGUUGCUGUGGGCUCGUAUCGCGGGCAGGUGACCUGGUAUGAUGCCCGGGCCGAGGCUGCAGCUCACUCGGUCAAGGUCUGGCAGCCCGAGGUGACCAAGGUUAUCUUUGACCGCAAGCCAACCAAGGUCCAUGUUGCAUCGCGCGCCGGCGUCGCCGCUACCUACGACAUUCGCGCCCUCGGCCGCCCUCUGCAUGUCAUGGACGAGCACGGCGACGUCAUCCGCGACAUGGUCUAUGUGCCGAGCGCGGGGAGGCUCAUCACCGGAUCGUACGAUGGCCUAGUCAUUGUGUGGGACGCCGAGACCGGCGAUGUCGUUAGGCUCUGCGACGGGCACGACGAUUGGGUCUGGACGCUGGCCGCGGGCGAAGAGGUGUUUGUCUCGGGAGACCACUCGGGUAUCGUCAAUGUGUGGGAUCUGGAGACCGGGGCGUGGUGCGCGACUCUUCCACAGGGACAUCUCCCAGCCGGACCUGUUGCGCUCGCUAUGAGCGACUCUGUUCUCGCUGUUACUGCCGGUUGCCAACUCGCUGUUCACGACGUUGUUGGCGGGCUCUGGCCCGAACUCAACGAUCCGGCCCUUGCCGCCUCUGUCCCGUCGUCGGCCGCCGGAGCCUCGAUCCGGCCGCGCGCCGCCAACCCUGACGAGAGCUGGUGCGAGUGGUUGACGCGAUUGGUUUGGUAA